AUACCCCAAGUGAUCAGAGGCCUUGUUAGGCGUCCGUGUGAUAUAUGAAUCCAGUCUCUAGGCAUGCAAUUGUCUGAAUUAAUAAUUGUUCUUCUUUUUUCCAUGCCAUUUGUAAUGGAAUACCGAACGCGGUCCACCCACACUCCGUUACAAUGUUACCCUUGGGAAACGGCGAAAAACAACGACAGUGAUAAUCACCUUCAUGAGGACGAAGAUAUAAAUCAACUAACACACUGUACUGCCAAGAUAUACCGCCACAAUGGCAGGAUCUGCCAGCAUCAGCAUCAGUCACGACUGGGCAGGUCACGUGGUCAUCUCUUGGCCAAUAGUAGGCUAAGUAGGGUGACGACACCUUCGUUAGGCCGGAGGGAUUGGCUAACGCUCCGCAGACCUUGCACUGCCCUCAGGAUCAAAGAGGAUGUAAUCAGGAGCCAACGGCUGGACAACAUAAGCUGUUAAAAGCACAACAAAUUAGUGAUACAUUGUCGCUCGAAUAAAGUGAAAGUUCAACAGCUUGACAAGUUACUAAUGUCAUAAAUUUUAGCAGACCUUUAUAUCGUACCUAAAAAUUAUACAUCUGUACUUUGGAACAAAAAGAGCCAAUGUCCAAAAUUUUGUAGUUUGAGUGAAUCGCACAAAAGAAAUGAGGGUAUUCAUCUCACAUUAAUUUCCAAUGCUUAAAUGUUAAAGCCAUAAUAAAAAGCAUAUCGUUUUAUUGCAUAAAGUUAUUAAGUGACAUUUCACACCCUUAAAUCACUAUGAACUUUGAUCGAUUUUUGUCAUUUUGUAACUAUAUUUAGUAUUUAAAACAGUUUGUGUCAUUUUUAUACACUUACUGUAUUUUUUAUUUUAUCGACAAAUAUAGUCGAGAUUCACAA